CAACAUCAAAGUGCAGAAAGCGUGCCUGUUCGUUGUUCAUCAAGAACCGCGAGGUGAUAAAGAUAAUGGACGGCAUCAAGCCUUCAUCUUGGCUAAAAGAAGGGUGAAGGGAUUCUCCCGAGCAAACCGAACCGGCAACGAGAGCAGCUCCUAUUGGGCGGCGCUGGAUGAAACGUUUCAUAUUCAUUUUGGGCCUUUGAUGUUCCUUGGGAGCAACGGGCUUGUUGGCCGCGGCUCUCUUGUUCAGGAGUAAGCGAGGCUUAGGGUUCUCGUACAACUGGGGAAAUGGCCUCUCGUCCAGCGCAACGCGAACGCGAUGCACUAUGUAUCAUGGUCCCUCCAACGCAGCUGAUGCAAAAGGAAAUACAACUAGAAUCGCACGAUGACGAGCACGACCACAAUAGAGGCCUUUAUUUUGUGCGUACUGCAAGCGAUGUGCUGCCUGUCGUGGAAAGUGAAGUCGUGGAAAGUACUCCUCGCAGUGCGGAGGUAGCUAAGGUUAUGGGGCUGUUGCGGAAACAAAAGUCCAAAAUGUAUAGAUUUUAUCAUCUCCUUACUAACUUGACCUCCAUCCUUAAGGACAGAGUGUACUAGAAACCACAGCGUACUUUUAUCACCACGACAAUCUUCGCGCAAUUAAUUGUCAAGACAGAGCGUAAAGGGUAUUAAGGCACUACAGCAGCACAUCACUGGACACAGAUGAUCAUCCGUUCACUCUCGAUAAGGUAGUUCAAAGAGUAAGAGCCGAUGGAAGUGAUAGAAGAUAGUA